GAAUGAGAUCGCGUUCGUGCGUGGAGGCCGAUCGACGGCAGGCACGUAUGUUUACUCUCCGGCCGGCAUAUCGUUCGCUCAUUCGACGUGCUUAUCCCGAUCCUUAUUCGGACCCGCAUCCGAAUUGCUUUGAGAUAAAGUCGUGCACUCGCUGAAGGCCGGUAGCGAAUAGCUCGUCGACUCCAACGAGAGAGACGAAAAGCUCGGUCACACACGAAACAUUAUUCUACCAUCGCCCAUGUAGAGAUUCUGGUGGGUGACGGUUUACGACAGACUGUAAUCAUGUCGUGUUCUUAUUCCCCUGUUCCCGUGAAGAAGAAACAGAACGGCUUGUCCCCCGUGGCGACGGACCACCCCACUCCUCAGUGGAAGACGGGUACGACGGAUGAAACUACCCCGAUCUCCCUCCAUAAUCCAUCUUCCCCGGACCCUCCCUUCCCCCGGGAGAAUCCGCCCCCAAAUGACUCCUCGUACUCCACCCUCCAGCGUAAGCUCGCCACGACCCUCUACCCCUCUGACUCAAGCAAGCAACUCCACCUCCACAUCGUCCCGAGUGCCCCCGGCUCCCUGAUGGAAUCCUCCCGCUCCGACCUCCAGGCCCCUCGCCUACCCAGCCCCCCCUCCGCCCCCGUGAUUGCAAAUAAACUCCUGGAUCGGGUCCUUUUCCCCAAACCCAAGACCCCCGAUGCCGUCCCGGCCACCAAACCCACCUUCCUCCGGGUUCCCAAGCCCGACGCCAGGGAAAAGGAAGUCGUUCGGAGCAGCUGGGUCCUCACCGCCAAUCAUGCCGAGUCUGACGACGAACACGUGGCCGUCACGAUCCCCCUGGCGAUAAAAGUUCGGCGAGACUCCCUAGUAAAGAACCUUCCCGAGCUCAAGGAUGUGGAGCCAAGUUCCCCUUACAAGUCGCUCCGAUCCUCCGUCUCUCCCUUCUUCAAGAGAGCGAUGCUGGACGAUAAGGCCGCCGUGAAGAUCUUCGUCGCCUUCCUCUUCUUGAGCAUCACGGUGGGCAUGGCCCUCACCUACAUCUAUUACUAUCGCCAACUUCUCAUCCGGUACCUCGGUACUCAGAUGCACAUCGACGAGCGAGACCGGCGCGUGGCUUUCCUCAACUCCAGCCAACAUCCGAUACUCACCGGACGGCUGGGGAUGGGACUCGGAGGGGACGCUGGACUCCUCUGUCUCCGACAGAUGGAGCUGGACUACGAUGAACUCUGCAUGGAAUGGAAGGGGAAAGCCCGCCUUUACGUCUCCCUGCAGCAGCACGGAUCCGGGUCAGAAUCCUAUUCUCUCCAUAACUCGGAAAGGAGUGAAAGAUGGAAGGUUGGGGGGAACUUUGUGAUAGUCGUAGUGGUGCAGUGCUACAACUUCAUGUGGUCGUCGCUGCUGACGCAGACGGAGCACCGGGACUGCUUCAGCCUGGCCGACGCCUCGUGGUACGGCAUGGGAGACGGCUUCACUUGGCCGUUGAACCGACCGGCCGGGGAGGAUCAGCCGUUCUCGGUGAACCGGACAGCGUACGUCACCGGCGCCGGUCCGUUCGGGAGGAUCCUCCGGCGCACCUGGUACUCCAGCGCCGGCGCCGUCAUCCACGUCCCGUACGAGCUGCCUCUCUUCGUCUCGGUGGACUCGGAGGAACCGGGAAGCCUGUGUCUGUCGGUGGCCCAUCAAGAGCAGUACUACCGGGUGCCACCCGAGGAGUACCUCGAACUCAACUACAGCGUCUGCACCGCAGACACUCUGAAGCUGGUUCGCAACGAGGUCGGGCCUCGCGGUCGCAAGAUGGGGGAGAACGAGCCGCAAGGCACCACCCCCUUGCUGGUGUUCUUCAGGCCCGACCCCUUCACCGACUUCUCCCAGGCGGGACUCUUCAAGUUCCUGGAAAAACUGGAUACGGUCUACGGGAAAUCGCGAAGACCGGAAUACGUCGUCUUGGACCAGUCUUGGCAG